CACUAAUAACUACACCACCCCCGGACUCUCCCCGCAACAGCCAUUGCUGCACACGCCUAGAUCGGUGCGCAAACCCCUCGCUCGCACACGAUGCUCCUGAAGUCCUCGAGAAUACGGCCUCUAUCCACUUGCGACAUCUGAAAGCGUCAUGUCGCGCAACCCUGGCUACUCGCGGGCGGGAGCUAAUGGCGCUUCUACCAACGGGAACUACAGCAAUGGAGCAGGAGGAGCAGGAGGAGGAUAUGGCGCCCUGAACGAUGACAACGGCGAGCGGAGAAGGAGACCCGGCGGAUAUGGAGGCUUGGAUGCCUCCGAAGGCGAAUACGCACAACCCCCACCCCUCAGCGAACGCGCUCGCGAUCGCAGGCCUGGUGGAUAUGGUGGCAUCAGUAGAGAGGACGACUAUGCAAGGCGACCCAGUGCCGACAGCGACCGUCGCCCCGCUGGCUAUGGAAGCGUCUCAGAGCGCAAUGAGGAACUGCCGCACGUCACACGCCCUACCAGCCUCGAGCGCACCCAGGCACAUCGACGCAGCGGAGAGAGGCAGUAUGCGGGCCGCAACAGGGCGGGCGCAAACUAUGGCCCAGGCAGCCAGCGGAUCGACCAAGUCUUGCAGUAUAUCCAGCAAAAUUGGGACUUCAUGACUAAAGACCAAUGUGUCCCCAUCACAGUGGCCUUGAAGCUCAUGGACUCUAGCUCGCUUGGACUCGCAAGCCAGGCCGGUCAAUUCCGUCAAACACACGACGAACUACAGCAGGCUCUAAAGGCAAUUGUGAAUGAGCACCACCAGGGCUUCAACAGCUCCAUUGGUACUUUCCAUCAGAUCCAAUCCAGUCUUCAGAGCUCUCAACACCGUGUCAGGAGCUUGAAGGCCUCACUCACAUCAGCCAAGUCAGACCUUUCCACGGCUAAACCUGAGCUCAAGGAGUUCGCCACAGCCUCUCAGAACUAUGACGAGAUGCUACAGAUGCUCGACAACAUCGAAAAAUUACAGCUUGUUCCUGACAGACUCGAGGCUCGCAUUUCGGAGAAACGCUUCCUGUCUGCCGUAGAUAUCCUCCAGGAAGCCCUCCGCAUGAUCCGCAAAUCCGAAAUGGAGAAAAUAGGUGCUUUGUCUGACUUACGUACCUAUCUCACCAACCAAGAAGUCUCGCUCACCGACAUCUUGAUUGAGGAACUUCAUGGCCAUCUAUAUCUCAAGUCACCCUAUUGCGAGGACCGAUGGAAGGAAUAUGCGCAUAAUCAAGUCAAAGGCGACAUAUCGGAGCGCGCCCAGGCCGAUGCGAGAGGCCGGUUAUUGUAUUUCUUCCUAGAUUGCCUUGAUACUUCGGAACCGAUGACCGACGACUCCACGCCAAAUCCGGAGGCAGACACGUUCCAGUAUAUCCGGCUUGUAAUAGAGGCGCUCAACAAGAUGGGGCGUCUGGACGAAGCAAUUGAUACCAUCGAACAGCGUCUGCCUGUCGAACUUUUCAAGGUUGUCGAGAAAUCUAACAACGAAGUCGCCCAACGGCACCCAAGUAUAUUGCGAGCUUAUGCGGCAAGGAAAGGUGGCAAAUCUAAGACAGAGAUCGAAAGCGACGACAUCCGAAGCACUCUCCUCAAAGACCUACUUUGGACUCUUUAUGCACGCUUUGAGGCCAUUGCUGAAAGUCACAGAGCCGUACACGAUGUAGUUGCAGGUAUUGUCCGCCGCGAAGGCCUGAGCUCGUCGAGUGGGACUUUAACCCGAGGUUUCAAGGAACUAUGGAAAUUGUAUCAAAGCGAGAUGCGUUCCAUACUACACGAUUAUCUCGCAACAGAUGGCGACUCCUUGUACCGAAGCGGUCAGGGCCAGACCUCGGUCGGUAGUGUGUUCUCACGCGCUCCACGAGACAGGAGCAAGCGCAUGUUCAAGCUUGCCGAUAUGGAUACGAAAUCCUCCGAUCUCUCACAGGAGCGAGAAGACCUGCAGCACCUUCUGAAAUUGGUCGUCCCUGGGCUUGUAACAGACACGAAGAAGUCAAACGCUAUAUCUACGCAUACCAACACCAGCCUUGAUGGCAGUGCAACCGGACAUAAACUACUCGUUGCCCCUAGUGUCUUCAACAUGGGAAUAUUACUACCACCUUCGCUGGACUUCUUGAAUAGACUGAAGGAGAUUGUACCCCCGGGUUCAGACAUUGUCAUGAGCACCCUGACCUCAUUUCUAGAUGAUUUCUUGGUGAACGUGUUCCAUCCACAGCUGGACGAGACUCUUAUUGAGCUCUGUGCGCAAACGUUCAUCGAGCUUGAUUCUUUCAAUGAAGAUCCGCAUUGGGCAAGACAUUCCAAAAAGCCUAUUUUCAAGGGAACCUCACAAUUCUUCACUCUGAUUUCCGCCUUUUGCAAAAUGCUUGAUAACCUUCCUCACGACCAAGCAUUCUCCCAGCUUAUCGUCAGUCAAAUGAGUACCUACGCGCAGAAGUGUAUGGGUUGGUACCAUACUCUAGUCAACCGCUCGCAACCAACCUCAACUGGUCGGCGAAUGAAGGCACCUGCCGUUUGGGCAGAGUCACAGGAGAUGGAGGAGCUCAUUGGCCGCCUUGUUCAGCUUGAUCACACCGACCAGGAGAGUUUCAAUGAGUUACUUGAGAACGAGAUUGAUCUUCUAGUUGAGGCAGUCGAGACAGAACCCUUAGAUCAAGCGGAUAUGAUUCAAGAUAAGAAGAGCAUCAUCAAUCUAUGCCUGUUAUAUACAAGCAUGAAGUGGCUUGCCACGAAGAUUGCACAGCUACGGCACAUCAGUGAUCGAGCAUCGGACUCGACACAAGCGGAGACCAGCGGCCAGAGACACAACAGGCGCUGGACAAUGCUGUCGUCUUCUGAGCCGAGGAUAGAGGGUGCGCCUGUGUAUCUUCCUUUGAGCACAGAGACUGUUGCCGAAUUCGAUAAAGUCGUCUCAAGCUUCCAAUCCCUUAGCACCCGCGUCCUCCGUACCCUAUAUCUCUCGAUCAGGAGUACGAUCUUGCACUCGCUGCACGCUAGCAUCCAGCCAAAUUUGUACAUUGACUCACUCCUCAGUGACCCUGACCCGGCCGUUAUAUCGCUCAAUUCUGCCCUUGUUUCUUUCGACACCGAAGUAUCAACUUACAUCCCUACCGCAUCCUACAGCCACACAACACGCGGUCUCGCCGCCCUCAUGGACACCUACCUCCUCUCCCUCUGCACUACCAGAAUCGACAGAAUGAACACCGACGGCUGCGCAUUAAUGCAGCUCAACAUUCUCGUCCUCCAGCAAAAUCUCAAGAACAUUGAAGACGGCGCCACACUACCAUACGCCGCCAUGUUUUUCGAUAUGUUUACCGCGGGUCCUGAUGCGAUCGUCGCCCGGGCGAAGAAAUACGGCAAGGACUUCGGCGUGCCUGGGGAGAGGUUUGGAGAAAGCGAAGUGAAGAAGUUGCUAGAGAUGACUUACGAGGAGCGGGUGAAUGCAGAGAACCGGGAAGCCAGUGUACAGGCGAAGAGGGCUCUGGACGCGCAGUUGCUAGAGAUUAGUGAAUUCAUGUAUUAAGGUUUGAAAGGGUGGAUUAUAGUGUGGAAGCUAGAAAUUAGGGUUUGUUGUGCACUUUGUACUAUACCGUCAUCCGAAUGCAAAAUAUUAGGUAUUGUCAGCCGCUACAAGGCAUCGCGUGCAUGCUCAGAGUGUAACUCAAUGGCGAAAGUAGAAUGAAAGUUGGUAG